CGCGCAGAUCGUGCCCCACCGAUUUGGGGGCGUCCUUCCUUGUGCUGGGGCGGCAGUGAGGCUCUUUCCCAGCAGCCGAGGGCUGGAGCAGGGUCAGGAGAGGGGGCACUGGGCCUUGCAGAGGCAAAGGGGCUGUGGCACGGGUCCCUGCAGCUGAGAAAGGGAGGUUGGAGGAGACGGUGCGGGAGUGCUGGGGAACGGCCAGGUGCUGAGGGCGAGGCUGUUGGGGGAGAUUCACCGCAAUCCUCCCAGGCCGUGGGCGCCGUCGGGUACUGGGGGCUCCCCUCGGGGCGUCGACCACUUGUCUUGGGCUUUCACAGGUUUCUCAUCGCCAUCUAGCCUCGAAGCCAGUAGAACUGAAAAACGGCUUCAGCCAAAUUCUCCCUUCCCUCUAAGGAGUGGGGACGAGCCCGUCAGUCUAGAGGACUCUAUAGGGAUGUCCCGGCCUUCGGGGGCUGGGGGGAUGGAAGAAGCAGAGGUUGAAAGGGGCGGCGAGAGCGGAGAGCUCCCUCCUUGACAAUCAAAUGCAUCCUUUAGUGUUUCCACCUCCGUUUAGUAGGCUUGGCAGUGCUGACCACCCGGGAGGAGGGACGGGCGACGCUGGGCCGGAUCUGACCGUGCCACCUUCAUGUGGGUGCUGACGGGGACCCAGGAGGGAACGGGCACGGGGCGCAGCCUCGCCCUACUUCCUCCCCGCCUCCUAAGCGCCGGGGCUGGUGAUGUGGCGUCUUGAGGGGACCCGAGGCUGCCCCGGGUUCUCCAGGACUCCACUAGGUACCCGCGCGUCUCGUUGCGCCUGGGGCAGGAGAGGCUGGCGCGGAGCUCGAGGCAGGCAGGCGGGCGGGCAGGCGAACGCGGGGGCAAAGAGCAGAGCUGGAGCCCCAGCUUAGCCAUGGGGCAUAACGGCAGCUGGAUCUUCAGAAACGCCAGCGACCCGCGCAACGCGUCGGGCACAGAGGCGGCAGGCACCAACCGCAGCGCACUCGGGGAGUUCGUCGAGGCGCAGCUGUACCGCCAGUUCACCACAACUGUGCAGGUCGUCAUCUUCAUAGGCUCGCUGCUCGGAAACUUCAUGGUGUUAUGGUCAACUUGCCGCACAACCGUGUUCAAAUCUGUCACCAACAGGUUCAUUAAAAACCUGGCCUGCUCGGGGAUCUGUGCCAGCCUGGUCUGUGUGCCCUUCGACAUCGUCCUCAGCACCAGUCCUCACUGUUGCUGGUGGAUCUACACCAUGCUCUUCUGCAAAGUCGUCAAAUUUUUGCACAAAGUCUUCUGCUCUGUGACUAUUCUUAGUUUCCCUGCCAUUGCCUUGGACAGGUACUACUCAGUUCUUUAUCCGCUGGAGAGAAAAAUAUCUGAUGCCAAGUCCCGUGAGCUGGUGAUGUACAUUUGGGCCCAUGCAGUGGUGGCCAGCGUGCCAGUGUUUGCAGUGACCAAUGUGGCAGACAUCUAUGCCAUGUCCACCUGCACCGAAGUCUGGAGCAACUCCUUGGGCCACCUGGUGUAUGUUCUGAUCUAUAACAUCACCACGGUCAUCGUGCCUGUGGCCGUAGUCUUCCUCUUCUUGAUACUGAUUCGACGGGCCCUGAGUGCUAGCCAGAAGAAGAAGGUCAUCAUAGCAGCCCUGCGGACCCCGCAGAACACCAUCUCCAUCCCCUAUGCCUCCCAGCGGGAGGCCCAGCUGCACGCCACCCUGCUCUCAAUGGUGAUGGUCUUCAUCUUAUGUAGUGUGCCGUACGCUACCCUGGUCAUCUACCAGACUGUGCUUAAUGUCCCUGACACUUCUGUCUUCUUGUUGCUCACUGCCAUUUGGCUGCCCAAAGUCUCUCUGCUAGCGAACCCUGUGCUUUUUCUUACUGUGAAUAAAUCUGUUCGCAAGUGCUUGGUAGGGACCCUGGUGCAGCUACACCACCGGUACAGUCGCCGUAAUGUGGUGAGUACAGGGAGUGGGCUGCCUGAUGCCAGCCUGGAGCCCAGCAUGCGCUCGGGAAGCCAGCUCCUGGAGAUGUUCCACAUCGGGCAGCAGCAGAUCUUUAAGCCCAGGGAGGAUGAGGAAGAGAGCGAAGCCAAGUACACUGGCUCUGCUGACCUCCAGGCCAAGGAGAUACCUGGCACCUGCCUGGAGGGCGAGCAGCGGCCACAGUUCGCACCUUCUGUGCCAACUCCAGGGACUGUGGACUCUAUAUCCCAGGUGGCACCAGCAGCCCCUGUGGAACCUGAGAUGUUCUCGGGCAAGUAUUCCCUGCAGUUUGGUUUUGGUCCUUUUGAAUUGCCUCCCCAGUGGCUCUCAGAGACUCGGAACAGCAAAAAACGACUGCUUCCCCCCUUGGGCAACACCCCAGAAGAGCUGAUCCAGACAAAGAUGCCCAAGGUAGGCAGGGUGGAGCGGAAGAUGAGCAGAAACAAUAAAGUGAGCGUUUUUCCAAAGGUGGAUUCCUAGGGAAGAUUGAAAGCCCCUGGAAGCAGCGGGGAGCUUCCUCACUCUGGCCCACCCUUCACUCUGGCCCUGUGACUUGUAUGGUUUCACUGCUGCCCAGAAUGGGUUGACUUCCUGUCUGGGCCACCUGUUUCUGAGUGAGAGGGAAAUCUACACAAAAUCAAAUGUCUUCUUUAUUGAGGGAGUGUGUGUAUAUAUAUACAUAUACACAUGUAUAUAUAUAUAUAUAUAUUAUUCUCAGUGGUCCAUGUCCUUAGUAAAACCUGUAUUCCUCUCUGUGGAGACAAAAGUUGGGCAUUAUAGAUUGGGUUUUGGGGUUGUUACCCCAUUUAUCUUUUCUAGGGAUCUUAGUUCUCUGUGUUCAGCAGAAAAUACACAGAGAGGAUAGUGUCCAUGAGGUCAGAGGGAACAGGGCCACUCCAAGGGAAACCCAGGAUAACUGUGGAGUGGUGUGGCCACAGAGAGAAUGCCUAUUUGAUGGACCUAACUAUGACAAACAUAUUAAAAUUGUUUAACAUCGAUCUGUAUCUGUAGGGAAGAUAGAGGUUUGGCACUUGAUGCUUUUUCACACGUUUGGCAGUUUCUCCUGCUGCUGUCGUCCCUUCACUGGGUCGUGCAUAAGGAAUGGCCCUCUGCCCCGUCUGAUGGGCCUGGCGGUGGGGGAGAUGACCUGUCCUCGGUCGUCCUGACGUUCUCGGGGCCUCCCUCAGGCCUCAGAGAGACAUGUCUGCCGUUUUGGCUGGAAAACACUGCAAGCUCUUUACUGUGUCUUUCCCCCUUAAAUUAUGUUUUGUUUCUUUCUUCAACAAGUGAGAGAGAAACGUAGGUGGAAAAGACAGACUGGAAAGUCCACACACUGUGAUCUCACCUGCAAGGUGCUAGGGAGCCGUCAUGAGGAGUGAAGUAUGUUGAAAAAAUUAUCUCAUGCAGCCUUUUGGAAUUCAGAGGUAAUUUUAAAAUGCAAAGUUAGUGUAAAGUGGGUCCCCUGGAAACGUCAAGCUGAAACGACUUGACGAGGAAAGGUGAGUCUGCCCAAAAGAGUGGGAGAAGGCUGACAAAAAUGGCUCUUGUGAGGAGGACUCCAGACACAGGCUGGCCCGUCUCCUUUCCAGCCUGUGCAGCUGUGGUCUGCCCUCGUUUUGGACACAAAGGAGGGUCAGAACAGGAAGAAAGAGCUCACCGUAAAAUGCCAAGGCAACACACAGCCCAGGUGAGCUCUCUGCUUCCUCUUUCCCAGUGAAGUUUUAGCCAGAGCCAGAGUGGAUAGAAGAGGGGACAGUGCCCUCAAGUGAUUAGACCCUGUGGGCUUGCACAGGCAGUUCAGGGCCACUCUGUGUGUGUUUCCCCAGGCCGAGUUCAAACCACAGAUGACACUUCACUCGUACUGAGUACAGACAGUGCCAGCACUGCUUUCCUCUCUAGGGUGUUUGGUUUUCAUUAGUAGUAAGUGAGGGAGCCCGUCCAGUGCCUUGCGUGAGCCUGAAGGGAAGUAGGCCUUCUUGCCGCACACUUCCACGUCCCGAAGGCACGGUCCUCACGCGGCCUUUCCUUUAACCCACUGGUCCUUGUCCUUUGGAGGAAGCUGAGGCUGUGUGUAGGAAGUCUUCUUUUCCUGUCUUCACCUGGGUGUGAUGUCUUGUAAUUCCUGAAGGUAAUAAACCCCAAGACCCUUCCCCUGCAGAGGGAAUGCCUUCCCCUGUGUGCUUUGUCUCCUCAAAGUGUUGUGUGCGCGCAGCAGAAACCGGGACGGCCACACCCUCCCCGGUGCCUCCUGCCUCCCAGGCCCUUUGUGCAUGCCGCCUCUGGCUUCUUGCCCUGACAGUGAAAAUGUGGUCCUUCAAGCUUAUCUUUCAAAACAUUCACAAGUGUUACAACUUUCCUCAAGGGGAAACAUAAUCUGUCAGAAAACUGUCUGCUUUAGAAGAAUCUGUCAAAUGUAGCUGCUUUGGUGUUGUUCUGACUAUAUAUAUGUACAACAAUAAAUUCUGAUGAGGCAGAAUUUGGUAGGUGUUUCUUCUGUAUGUUUGAAGCAGAUGGUUGACAUCUAGCAGUCAUUGCCAGGUGUAUUUCUAUACUCUUUGAAGAAUUACAUUUUAAUAAAAAAUUGAAAAGC